GGAGGACGGGAAGAAGCGCUUGGAGGGAGGGCGCCGCAGAGUUAGGGAAGGGGGCAGGGGGAAGCUGGCAAGCCGGGCGACCGAGACCGUAAAGCGGAAAAGUUGGAGAGAGGAGGAGGACGGGAAGCCAAGUCCUGGGCGACCGGCGCCAAGUAGCGCUCGCUCGGUCGUACGGAAAGGUCGCGGUGGGACGCACAGAGGUGCCCCGAGCCGGUGGGGGAGAAAAUGCGACCCCGGCACUCCGGGAAGACUCUGGAAAGCCCGGCCGGGAGGCGCCUGGCGGAUACAGGGAACCGGCCGCGCACAGAGGCGGCCGCUAAGCCCCGACUGACGCCGCGGGCCCAGCCUCACCCCCGCGGACUGGGGCUCCGCGGCCCCACCGCCGCCCGGCCGCCGCGUCCCGUCCCGCAGGCAGCCAGUGCCCCCAGCUCCGGCCGGGCCGGAACCCUAAGUGUGUGUGUGGGUGUGUGUGUGUGGGUGGGUGGGUGUGAGAGAGAGAGAGAGAGAGAGAGACAGAGAGAGACAGAGAGACAGAGAGAUGAUGAGGGUUUUCCUUUCCUCUUUGUGGCGGUGUAUCGACUGUAACGAAGAGCCGCGCCUCCGCCUGGUGGGGCUUGUUUCGGUUCGGCCUCCUUUUCUUUCUUUAACAGGCGGGAUAAUGGUAAAGUCGAAGGCGCUAGAACUAUCUUAAAGAAUGUGAGCGCCCGAAGUGAGCAUGACACUCACGGAGAUGGGGUCAUGGUGUGUGUGAACAGCUCGGAAUAUACAUAGAGGGAUUUCAGUGGGUUCCCAAAAGUAAGCAGGAUAAAACUUGUUCUUUGCUUACGGAAAGUAAACUGGCUAAAUGAGAUAGGAGGGAGGGAGAGCAGAAAGAAUAGAGGGAAAGAGGAAGAGGGAGGAGUGGAGUGCAAGAGGGGUAGAGAGAGGAGACCAAAAUGGGAAGGAGGAGGGAAGAGAGAGAAGAGAGGGGAAAUGAGAGCCAGCAAAAGAGAGGGAGGAGAGAGAAUAUUGCAGGUACCCUUAUCUGGCUAAAUUUUCUGAUCAAAACUAUAGGAGAACCAGCAGCCCUGUGGAAGGAACCUUUUUAAGUCCGGAGGAAGGUUGAACUUUAACAGAAAUGGCAGUCAGGCCAGUUGAACGGGUUCCUGAAACAUCCCAGAAGGUUUUCUGUUGCCCCUGGCUUUGCCUGGAAAGGAUACAUUUAGUGUACUUGGAGAUUGAUUGCAUAUAUUUUAAAUUGAGGUAAAAAUCACAGACUGAGCAGUGAAAAGGGACUGGUCACACAAGGGAUGAAAAAAAAGCCCUAUCUCUCUCCAGUCCUUUAAUAAAUCAGCAUAAUCUCCAAUAUUCAGUGCAAAUCUGCAAACGUCACUUGUAAACAACCAGGCCCACCGGUUUACUUUUCUCUCCCCUCCAAAUGAUGAGGCAACGCCUUUCUAUUUUGUUUUUCUAAUCUGCACACAAAGCACCUAGGGCGAUCUGUUCUUCCCAUUAGGAAAGUCCCUCUCCAGGAACAAGGACACCUACAUUCUGUACAAGCCCCCAGCGAUGCUCUCCCUCACUGCCUUGUCCAAAGUAGCAGGGGCUGCCUUACGCGUGUCCCCGGCUCAGUUAAUUGAAGUUCUGCCUCUUUCCUGCUAAACUUUUUCCCCAGUCUGCCUUUGCCAGCCCCCUCGUCUGAUUACAUCUAGUAAUUCUCCACUGAAUGAACGUCAUUUACAAUAGUAGGGGAGCUCUGCGCUCGCUGCUGCUUCACGCUCCAUUUGUCCUCCAUUCUCCCUUUAAAGUACUCGUGUAAUAUUAAUAGUCAUGAAUAUCAAUUAUUAUGAGGCGGUGUAGGCAAGCGGAGGGAGGAAGGGGCGCUGGAGCAGUCUGAGCCCAGCUUCGGGUGGAAGAGGACUGUAUCUGGAGCCCCGAAGAGCGGCAGAAGAAAAGAGGCCAAAAAGACAGCAAGAGACCCGAUGAACAGCUCUGUCUAUGUUAGUCCACACCUAUUCAUCCAUGGACCGGCACGAUGGCGUCCCGAGCCACAGUUCCAGGCUCUCACAGCUGGGCUCGGUGUCUCAAGGACCUUACUCCAGCGCCCCGCCGCUGUCCCACACCCCGUCGUCAGACUUCCAGCCGCCCUACUUCCCGCCUCCCUACCAGCCGCUCCCCUACCACCAGAGCCAGGACCCCUACUCCCACGUCAACGACCCCUACUCCCUGAACCCACUGCACCAGCCCCAGCAGCAUCCCUGGGGGCAACGGCAGCGGCAAGAAGUGGGUUCAGAAGCCGGCUCUCUCCUGCCCCAGCCUCGGGCCGCCUUGCCCCAGCUCUCGGGCCUCGACCCCCGGAGGGACUACCACUCGGUCCGCCGGCCAGACGUGCUGCUGCAUUCGGCGCACCACGGCCUGGACGCGGGCAUGGGUGACAGCCUCUCGCUGCACGGCCUCGGCCAUCCCGGAAUGGAAGACGUCCAGUCAGUUGAAGAUGCCAAUAACAGCGGCAUGAAUCUAUUGGACCAGUCUGUCAUAAAAAAAGUUCCGGUUCCUCCCAAAUCUGUGACUUCUCUGAUGAUGAAUAAAGAUGGCUUCCUGGGAGGCAUGUCCGUCAACACCGGCGAGGUAUUUUGCUCGGUCCCGGGCCGUUUGUCUCUGCUCAGUUCAACUUCAAAGUACAAAGUAACUGUGGGAGAAGUUCAGAGACGGCUUUCGCCCCCCGAAUGCCUCAAUGCGUCUCUCCUCGGCGGCGUCCUCAGAAGAGCCAAAUCGAAAAAUGGGGGGAGAUCUUUGCGAGAAAGGCUAGAAAAAAUCGGUUUGAAUUUACCCGCGGGCAGGCGCAAAGCAGCAAAUGUCACGUUACUCACCUCCCUGGUGGAAGGAGAAGCUGUUCACUUAGCUCGGGAUUUUGGGUAUAUUUGCGAAACAGAGUUUCCUGCUAAAGCUGUUUCUGAGUAUUUGAACCGGCAGCACACGGACCCCAGUGACCUGCACUCCCGAAAGAAUAUGCUGCUCGCUACAAAGCAACUUUGUAAAGAAUUUACGGAUCUGCUGGCGCAGGACCGGACGCCAAUCGGGAACAGCAGACCUAGCCCUAUCCUGGAGCCGGGGAUCCAGAGCUGCCUCACGCACUUCAGCCUCAUCACGCACGGCUUCGGAGCCCCGGCCAUUUGCGCCGCACUCACGGCCCUGCAGAACUAUCUCACCGAGGCGCUCAAAGGCAUGGACAAGAUGUUCUUGAACAACACCACCACUAACAGGCACACGUCUGGGGAAGGCCCAGCUUUGCCCGCAUGGUUUAUGAGCUUCUUCAAAGAGGACUUGGGCUUCCUACACAAUCUAUAAGGUACAGAGAAAAAAAAAAUCCGAUCCUUUUUAAAUCAAAGCCUGUGUGUCAGAAUUCUGCAGGUGCACUUCUUUAAAGAAGCUCAAAGGGAAUAAUUUAGAAAGUGGCCAAUAAGAAAUUGAAGCAGCUUUGAGUCUAGUUGCUAACAGAUACCUCAACACGGAAUUCCAGGGGAGGGGGGGGGGAGCUGAAAAUGAAUUUUAGGGGAGAAAAGUAAGGAUUCGUGGAGUCCAAUAUUUUAGCAAUAUUGCCCUGCCUUUGAAAUAGAUUCCAUUUCCUUGGGCUCUUUGGUGAUUGCUGUUUUAGCGGGUAAGGAAGCAGCUUUUCGAGUGGUCCUGGGCAAGAGGGUGGUGCAAGCUUCCGUGUUUCAGCAACAAUUGUUUUCUACAAGAUGCUUUCUGAAUGAGGCAUCACCACCCCCUCCCAAGACGUGCACUCGUUUUGGCAUAUGAUGGCAAAAUAAUGAAUGCAAAGUGAAAGGAGAUGUAUUUCAGCUUUGAAUUUUACCGUCUGUAUACCCUGGGACUAUUAUUCGCAGUGGAUAAAGUUUCAUGCAUUUACUGUGUCUCAUUCUGGCAGCCCAGCUCCUUUCUUGGGCUUCAUCUGGGCAUUAUCGUGAAAAUAAAUCUGGAACCUAUUGUCCCCACUCUCCCAAAAGCAGUGGGGAAAUCCACCCCCAGUAGUCUAAAUUUAGUGUUGAUACACGCACCUCUUUAUACAAAGUAGACCUUAGGACCUUUGCAACAUCCCUGGAAGUUAAAGAUCCAGUUGUCUGUUCUUCAGGAUUCACAGAAUCCUCUGGGACUCUCAGUUCUGCCGCCCCAAAGGGCUUUGGCCUUGGGCGGGGGGGUAGGUUGGAGGAUUGGGCUUUAGGCACCUGCUGAGAGCUUUGCGCUGACACUUUCAUGGGGAAGGGAGUUAGGGAGCAGGUUUUAGGUCACCUGGAAGGUCCAAGCAACGGUUACUGUCACUCCCCAGCCCAACUACCGCUAGCUCCUUUGGGGACCUCUGGGUGUGCAGGGCUCAGCCCCAGACCGGGUGAAAUACAAAGGCCGGGAACUAACCCCUACGGAGGGUGUAGACACUCCAUCUCUCCCCAGCUCAGAAGCCUGCGCCUUUGUCCGAGGGCCUGGCCGCUUGCAUUGUAUGUAUUCUGGUUGCAAAAGGCCAGGAGAAACCACACUGAAAACCAUCGUCUCCUUUCCUUGCAGGGCAACGCGCCCCACGCGUGUGACGUUCGAGAGACGCGAUGGACGCGCCUUGCUCUUACUGUGCAGGUCCUGAGAGCGUGUGGGCCACUGACGCCCAGUCGUGUUGAGGACAUAGAAUCAGCCGCUGGAGGGGCCGCGGGCCGCGCGGGCCCUUUUCGCUCUCGGUCUCACCCUAAGGGCUAAGGCGACCGAGAAAGCCCCAUUCUCCAGUAGGUAAUGGGGCGGCGCCACGCGGGCAGCAGGCGGGGAGGGGUCUCAGCGCUGCCUUUGCCCUUUGCUACCAGCGGCCGCUCCGGGCACUUGCUCCCCGGAGGCAAGUGGCCUAGAAAUGUCCAGGGAAUCGGAAGCUUCCCCCGCCUUUGCCAGGAUGAAAACUCUCCCCCUCCUCACGCUCCUAAAGGCGGGUGAUGGGAUAGGAAUCGUGCUAUUUGGCUAUGCAGGCCCCCUUCAACUCCCUUCACCCUCAUUCGUGUGUUCCUCCGCGCCCCCGCUAAGUAGAGCCCCUUGCGCGCCUCCCCUGCGCCCCUCCCCGCGUGGAGAGAGCUCACUGCCCCCUCCCUCCCUCCCUUCUCCUUUUUAGGUACGACCCCCACCCCUUUGCUUUCCUUAGCCUGGCCCGCUACGUUUAUCUGAUAAUUGAGUUAUUAAAAGAUUUGGUUUCCUUGGGCCCAUAAAUCAAUAAACAGUAGGAUUAACGCAAGAGUUUGCCUUUUAAGUCAAGGGAAACGUUUAAAACAAGCUCUUCUGAGCUUUGUUUUCAAACCAAACAGGUGAGUUGCAGCUCUUCCUCCACCCCUGCACUCUUUAGACAGCCGCGUGCCCCCCUCCCAAACGCUCAGUCCCAAACCAACAUAGCUAAAGAUAGAAAAAAGGAGUCAGGAUGUGGCAGCGUUGCCUUCACACUUUCCACUCUGCAAGUUCCUUUGGAGGUUCCAGAGGUCGCCUGACCAUUCUCUGUCCGACCCGGCCUCCCCUUACAGGUAUUAUGGGUCUCAGGGGAGAAACAAAACAAAACAAACAAAAACAAAAACAAAACAAAACAAACAAAAAAACGGCGGGGGAGCUGUCCAGGAAAGUAUUCCACCAUCAAAACGAUCUUUAAUUUUUCCCCUAAGCUGGGAAAGUAACUUUCUUUCACCACCCCCACCCCCAAAAUUAUCUUCCAUUUUCUUUCCUUCUCUCUGGCUCCACAUCCUUAGCUUUCUCCACCCCCACAUAAAGAACCGAAGAGGCUUUCAAAGACCUGGCUGUUUUAUUUUCUUUGGCCAAGGAAACCACUUUCUCUCAAGCAAUUAUUUCAUAUCCUAUGAAAACUUUGGUUGAAUGGAAAACCUGAAGCCUCGGACUUAUCUACACACUGUUCCUCUGGUACAAAGCCUUACUUAAAAGGGCAACUCCUUCUUACUUAGAGUGUUUAUAGAGAAUUUGUCAUCACAUCUGAUAUCCUGUAUGCGUAAUACAUUAUGUGGAAAGGAAAUAAUAACCUUAAACCAUCUGAUGUUGCCUCAAGAGCCCAAACAGUGUUUCCCCUCCUGUGCCAAUAUAUGUUAAAUUACCGGGGUAAAAAAGAGAAAGAAAGAAAGAAAGAAAGAAAGAAGAGUAAGAAGAAAUAUCAAAAUUCAUUUUUGUUUUCUUUCAAAAGGUCGAAUGAACACUAUUCUUUAAAUGCCAAAAUUGACUCCACUGUUGAGUUGGUCUCUAAUUCACUAACAUUGUUUUUGCCACACAAUCGAGAAAUAUCAAUCUAUUGGCUCUUCAGAAGAAGAGCUCUGGAGGGUAUCCAUGUUAAGUUUGUAUAUAUUUAUUUAUGCUUAAUUUAAUGGGAAUGUGUAAAUAUGGCAAGUAGUUUGGGAUUAUUUAUCUGUGAAUCUAUACCUCUGUGAAUGGGUGGUUAAAAAAAAAAACCCCAAAAAAAUAGCUUGCCCCUAGGUAGAAUCCUAUCUGAAUUUUUCUGUUCUUUAUAGACGAGCUGUUAUGGUAAUGGGUAGAAAUUGGUUUAUUGUCCAGUGUUGAUCUGAUUUACACAAAUAAAAAGACUGUUGUGUUUUUGUUGUGUUUUCAUCUUCAGUUUCUUGAAUAUGGACAUUGUUUAAUUCUACAGACAGAAAAAGUAUAGCCAAGAAUUUUUUUUUCUUUUUGUCCCCUCUCACUUGAAACACAGGCAAUGUUUUCAUUACAGCAUAAAUACAAUAAAUUUUGCUUCUUAGAAAAACUGA